UCGCCGCCGGCGGCCAUCCUCCUCCGCCUCUCCCCGAUGGAGCCGCGCCCGCGCGCGCGGCGAGAGGUGGCGUAGGGCGACCAAUUUGGCCGGUGUAUCCUCGCACGACUCGCCAUUCCUUCUCGUCCAGGGGCAGGGUAUCGUGCUUUAGCUAUCGGUGUGGACGUGUGGUGCUCUAGCGGCGAGUUCUCAACUUCAGAGUAGCGAGCUGUGAGGUUGCCUGAGGAAGCUUAGGAGUCAGGAGGUUGGUGGGGGUGGGGUGGUUCUGGGAUCGAUGGACGACGGCGCAACCGAAGGUGAUGUGUCCGCCGACCGUGUCAUUGCUGAGUUGCUCGACAUGGGGUUCGAGUUCGACAAGAUCAGCCAAGCAAUCGGUGUGGUCGGCCCUCGCCGCGCCGAUGUGCUGGAGUUUGUGUUGAGUGAUUCAGGCAACGGGAGAAGGAAGCCGAGUAGGGAAUCACAAGGCCGGCAUUCUGUCUCAUCUAAUGCGGAAGCGUGCUCGAGUGGCCGACAUUCUGUCUCAUCUAAUAUGGAAGCGCGCUCGAGUGAUGAUGGGAAUAAAUUGGCUAAUCGCAGGAGAAGAUUAAAGCAGUUGAGCAUUACUGAUCAUCUUGCCUCGAAUACUGGCUGUGAGAAGGGAUCUUGUGGUGAGAAAGCUAUUACAUCGUAUCCCUAUUUAGUGGCUUCCAAUGAUCCUGGAGUGCCAAUCAGUGAUGAUAUGUGUUCUGCAUUAAAGCCUGAAUCUCAGGUUUUGCUUGCUAAUUCAAGAACUGAGUCUGACCGCAGAGACAAAAUUAGUCUUGUUCUGCAGAAGCACUUUGGAUUUUCCUGUGUGAAAGGAUUCCAACAGGAAGCUUUGGAUGCUUGGUGUGCUCACAAGGAUUGUCUUGUUCUAGCAGCAACAGGCUCAGGAAAAUCCCUUUGUUUUCAGAUCCCGGCUCUUCUAACUGCAAAGGUUGUGGUGGUGAUUUCACCCUUGAUUAGUCUAAUGCACGAUCAGUGUCUGAAACUUGCAAAGCAUGGGAUAUCGGCAUGCUUCCUUGGUUCAGGGCAACCUGAUAGCCGUGUUGAGGGCAAAGCAAUGUCUGGCAAGUACAAGAUUAUUUAUGUUUGCCCUGAGACAGCAUUAAGACUUAUGGAACCAUUGAAGAAACUUGCAGAAAAUCCAGGGAUUGCACUUUUUGCCAUUGAUGAGGUUCACUGUGUUUCUAAAUGGGGCCAUGAUUUUCGACCUGACUACAGGAAAUUGUCUGUUCUCCGAGAAAAUUUCAGUUCCAGCAAAUUGAAGUUCUUAGAGCAUGAUAUUCCUUUGAUGGCAUUGACUGCUACUGCUACCAUUCCUGUAAGAGCAGACAUUAUCAAGUCGUUGAAAAUGUCUGAGCAUACUGUGAUUGUCUUGACAUCUUUUUUCCGGCCUAAUCUCCGAUUCACUGUAAAGCACAGUAGAACCUCAGCCUCCGCGUAUGGAAAGGACUUCCGAGAACUUAUAGAUACAUAUAGCAAUUCAAGGAAUUUUAUGGGGAAGAAACAGAAAGCUCUUCAUGAAAUCAACCCUGAUUCUGAGAGUAGUUCAUAUGAGUCUCCAGAUGAUACUAUGUCAGAUGACGAAGAUACAUAUGUUGACUCCACGAGCCAUGUAGAUAAUAAUUUUGAUAAAACUAAAGUUGGCAUGCCCUUGAGAAAUGAGAAUGCUGAAAAUGAGUUGGAUGUAUAUCCAGGAGUAGAUGAUUUUGAUGUUACAUGUGGAGAGUUCCUCGAGUGCACACAGCCUGAGAACUUUGCAUCUUCUUCUCAAUCCAACAAAACUAGUUCCAGUUCCUCAGAAAUUGUUGAUCAAGGCCCUACAAUUGUUUAUGUACCCACAAGGAAGCAGACUGUGGAGCUAGCGAACUAUUUGUGCAAAACCGGUCUCAGAGCUGCUGCAUAUAAUGCAAAGAUGCCUAAAUCACAUUUGAGGCAGGUGCAUGAACAGUUCCAUUGCAAUGCCUUGGAGGUUGUGGUAGCUACCAUAGCAUUUGGCAUGGGAAUUGACAAAUCAAAUGUCAGGAGAAUUAUUCACUAUGGUUUCCCGCAGAGUUUGGAAGCAUAUUAUCAAGAAGCUGGUCGUGCUGGUAGAGAUGGGAAGUUGGCAGAUUGCACUCUGUAUUGUAACCUUAUGAGAGCACCAACACUCCUUCCUAAUAAAAGAAGUGGGGAACAGACAAAAGCAGCAUACAGAAUGCUACGUGAUUGCUUUCACUAUGCUUUGAACACUUCAGUAUGUAGAGCCAGAAUAUUAGUAAAGUACUUCGGGGAGGAAUUUGGUCCUGAUCGAUGUCACAUGUGUGACAUCUGUAUUAAUGGCCCUCCUCAAAUGCAUGAUUUCAAGGAAGAAGCAGUUGUGUUUAUGAAUGUUCUCCAAGCUCAAAGUAUCCAGGGACAACCAGCCGAAGAUAUGGGCUGCAGCAGUAUACCCCGUUGUAUAUCUGGAAGGCGAAGGUUUGGGGAGGUUCCUAAUUUCAGGGUGGUGGUCAGUUAUAUAAGGGAGAAGUUCCCUAGAUUUGCCACAACCGACAGAAUAUGGUGGGAAGGCCUUGCUCGUAUAUUAGAAGCCAAGGGAUACAUACAUGACGCUGCUGAAACUCCUCGUGUUUUAAUCCAGUGCCCUGAGCUGACAGAGGCCGGACUGAACUUUUUGAGUUCGCAAUCAGAAGAGGAAGGUUUAUAUGCAUACCCUGAUGCAGCUAUUCUAUUGGCAAUGAAUGACCCAAAACCUAUCUCUACAUCCUCCGAGUGGGGCAGGGGUUGGGCAGAUCCUGAGAUACGCCGCCAGCGUUUAGCAGGCAAGAAAAUGGGGAGAAGAAAACGAAAGAGGCAUUCUCGGAACCAGUCUACAGGUUUCACAACUGCAAAACAGAGAUUAGCUGAAAUACUCUCAAAACGCAGAAGAUAAUACAGAAACUGAUGAGAUGCUGGGAUGGCAAUUAUUCACCUAAAGCCUGGAUGAGAUGAAUGCAUAGUACAAUUCAACUCAGGGGUGCACUUCUUUCUUUAUUAUUGGGCUCAUGACCGCCAGAGGAAGAAGCAGGAUAUGUUACUUGUUUGAUUUUAGUUUGAUUUACACAACCUUUGUGAUUAUUUGCUGCAAUUUUCAUGUGAUGUGGCAUGAUUUUAUCUCAAGGAAACAAUAUGAUGUAAAGAAAAUGGAUGGGGAUUGUACUGCACUGUUUUAGCAACCCCUCUGAACAAGAAUUUCUUGAUGUGAUUUUAAGGAGGUGGAUCUGUGGAUCAUGGAGUGCCAAACUGGAACCUGCUUUCCGCUAUGGAUGGAUGGUCCAGUUAACUCCAAGUGUGAGGAAGAUAUGUCUAUAUCUGACAAGGUGAUUCUGUUGUCUACUGUUGUCAUACUGUUCACUUGCCUGAGAUGAGAAUUGUUAGGUGCUGAGUUGCUAAUUGCUGAGUCCAAAUUUUUUUUUCAAAAACAUCCCAUCGAAUCUGUUGACACCUAAAUAAAGCAUUAAACAUAGAUAAAC